AUGUCGACUACGCCGACCAGUCUGUUAUCGGACUCGCUCCAGCUCGAUGACACAGCAUCUCAGCAGGCCCGGUCCGGCUGUCUUCCCAAUGGCGUCUACGUCCCCAUGCUCGCCUUCUUCACCUCGUCUGACGAAAUCGACGUCCCGGCAACUCAGCGGCACACAGCACGCCUCGUAGCUGCGGGCGUGAGCGGGCUCGUUGUUCACGGCUCCAACGGAGAGGCUGUCCACAUGUCGCGGCGUGAGCGACGUUCCGUCAUCGAGGCUGUGGCCGACGCCGUUAGGCACGAGACCGACAGCCAUGCCCCGGUGCCCAUCAUUGCUGGCUGCGGCGCCCAGUCGCUGCGGGAGACGGUAGAGCUUUGUCAGGAGGCCAAGGAUGCCGGCGCCACGCACGCCCUCAUCCUGCCGCCCGGAUACUACGCCGGAAUCCUGAACAAGGACGCCAUCGUCACCUACUUCCACGACGUGGCCGAUCGCUCGCCCAUCCCCGUGCUCAUUUACAACUUCCCCGCGGCCGCCAACGGCGUCGACCUCGACUCGGACACACUGCUCUGCAUUGCCGCUCACCCCCGCGUCGUCGGCGUCAAGCUCACCUGCGGUAACACUGGCAAGCUGGCCCGCAUGGUGGCCGAGUCGCCCAAGAUUCGAGGCGGCUGCGACGACUUCUUUGUGGCCGGAGGCAGCGCCGAUUUCAUCCUCCAGGGCCUCGUGGUGGGGGGCCACGGCACUAUCAGCGGCUUCGCAAACCUGGCCCCGAGAGCCUGUGUGAAAAUCUGCGACCUGUACGAGCAGGGGAGACUGAAGGAGGCGCGCGAGCUGCAGCACGAGGUGGCCAAAGCCGACUGGCUAGCCAUCCGCUACGGCUUUGUGGGCGUCAAGGCCGCGAUGCCAAUCUUCCACGGCGCGGGAGAGGCUUCGUGCGCCGAGCCUCGCCGCCCCUUCACCAGGCUGGACGAGAACGGCACGGCGGUCAAGGAGAUUGAGCAGGGCAUGUCUGGUGCGUUGGCCAUCGAGGCCACGCUGGCUGCCGCGGCGGCCAGCGAGUGA